GCGGGUGUUGGAGACGUAGGUUGAUAUCAAUAUCAUUUACAUCUUUGAGAUAUAACAGCGAUCGAGCCAUUAUACUCGUACCACAGACACUGAAUCUGCAACUCCAAACUUUUACAUAUUCUAUAUAACUACCAAUGUCGAACUUCAAGUUUUCUAUCCUAGUGACGGGCGGUACCCAAGGCAUGGGCGUCGAAUGCGUACGCUCACUAGCCCAGCAACUCCCAGACACUCUCAUCGUCACAUCCGCACGAACAGAUCCCAAAGACUCAGCAACCCUCAUCAACAAACAGCUCAACCAAACCAACGUCCAAUUCCAACGGCUCGACCUCUCCUCCCUCGCCGCCGUCCGCACCUUCGUCGAAACCUGGUCCACCUCCAACCGCCCGCCUCUCCGCGCCCUCGUCCUCAACGCCGGCAUCCAGUUCCCCGACGACAUCCAAUACAGCACCGACGGCAUCGAGAAAACCUUCGCCAUCAACCACGUCGGCCACGCCCUCCUCUUCCACCUCCUAACCCCCCACCUCACCCCGACCGCCCGCAUCGUCAUCACCUCCUCUGGCGUCCACGACCACGACCUCAAAGGCGGCUUCAAACCGACCUGGCCCUCCGUCCAAGAAAUCGCAAACCCCUCCCCUUCCUUCUCAACCUCCACCUCCGGUCGCACCCGCUACGCUAUCUCGAAGCUCGCCAACGUCCUGUGGACGUACGCGCUCGCACGCCGCCUCACCGCCCAGGGUCAGGGAAAAACCGUGGUGACGUUCGACCCGGGUCUCAUGCCCGGCACGAAUCUCGCCCGCGACGCGGGACCCGUGCUCCGGUUCCUGUGGUACGUCGUGAUGCCGCGGGCGAUUCCGCUGCUGAGGAGGGUGUACCAUCCGAAUGUGCAUACGCCGCGGGAGAGCGGGGAGACACUGGCUUGGUUGGCGGUUGGGGAGGAGUGCAAGGCGGAGAAUGGGGUGUAUUAUGAGGGGAGGAGGGUGGUGGGGAGUAGUAGGGAUAGUAGGGAUGAGGGGAAGCAGGAGGGCCUUUGGGAGUGGACGGUCGGGUUUGUGGGGAGGGAUGAGGGUGAGAGGGGGGCUUUUGGGAGGUUGGAGUGAGGGUGAAGGGGGAGAUGUAGCGUUUUGGGGUGGUGGAGGUGGGCUUUUGUCGUUUAUGAUUACGUUUUGAGGGCGGUGUUGUAGAUGGGUUGGAGAGAGGUGUUGCGUGUGGUGGCGGAGAAUUUGGCCUGGCUUAUCGACUUGCUUUAGAACUGCGGAUAUGAUCAUUUUACCACCUUCACAUUUAUAUCUAGAAAUUUGAGUAGUUUAUGUGUAUGACCUUUCAUGUGAGAAGAUAUUUC